AUGUGGGCUUACAUCCUAGCCGCAGCACGCGGCGACUCUCGCAACGCUAUACGCAAGCGUUCGACCGCAACUAAUACCGACGAUCACCUGAAUUCGUACCGUGAAAGCAAAGUCUUCAUGUUGCCAAGUUCAGUCCCGGGCCCAUCGGGGCUUAACUCUCGUAAGGAGUAUAAAACCCCUAAGCUGUAUCCAAAAAAAAGAUCUCCACCCUCUAUACAUCCGAUGACCACUUCUAUUUCAAGCAAACUAGAGGAGGGCAUCGAGAAUUUCGAAGAGCAAUCUGUUGAAGAGGGCGGCAAAAAUUGGGUACAGCGCCAAAUGUCACGGGUGACACGGAACCUUCGCUGUCGUAUAAGUGGUGAAGGUCGUGAGAAGCCUUCAGAUUGGUUUCUGGACAAGUUUGCAGCUCAGACCUUUACAGACCCUGAAGAGCCAAUCUACCAAGCCAAGGGAUCUAAACUUCUGUGUGGUUUGAAGCUCGCUUUUGAUCCGACGUUACCAACUCAUUAUCAUUGGCUGGCGGUGGUGUCUCUAGCGAUUCUUUACAACGUGGUACUUGUUAUCGGCCGCGCAGUCUUCUGGGAACUCGAUAAAAUGACAAUGAUAUGGUUCGUGUUGGACUACCUCUGCGACGCUAUAUACGUGGUGGAUACCAUAGUGCACAUCCAUGAAGGCUACUUGGAGCAGGGCUUAAUGGUAAAGGACUCGACAAUGCUGAGGAGGCAUUAUUUGACCUCCGAAGCAUGGAGGUAUGAUGUAAUAUCGCUUCUUCCUACUGACAUGGCCUACUAUUGGUGGACUCCCGGCACUUGCAGUUAUCAACGUUUGCCGUGCCCUGUUAUUGUACGACUCAAUCGACUAUUUCGCCUGCCUCGUAUGUGGGAGUGGUUCGACCGUACUGAGACCGCCACUAGUUAUCCGAAUGUUUUCAGGAUUUGUAAGGUAGUUUUAGCUAUACUAGUGCUUAUUCAUUGGAAUGCUUGCCUCUAUUUCGCCAUCAGCUAUGCUAUAGGAUUUGGAAGCGACAACUGGGUUUACAAUAUUACAGGAGCUCGCAAUGAAACUUUGGCUCAUCAAUACAUAUACAGUUUUUAUUGGUCAACAUUGACUCUUACAACAAUUGGGGAAACGCCGCAACCAGAAAUUGAUGUUGAAUAUUUAUUUGUGGUUGCUGACUUCUUAGCUGGAGUAUUGAUAUUUGCAACAAUUGUGGGUAACAUUGGGUCAAUGAUUUCUAAUAUGAAUGUUGCGAGAGUUGAAUUUCAAAAUAAAAUGGAUGGUGUCAAACAAUACAUGGCGUUUCGAAAAGUGAGCGGAGAAUUGGAAGCCAGAGUAAUUCGCUGGUUUGCUUACACCUGGGCAGAAAGUGGUGCUUUGGAUGAGGAAAACGUCUUAUCUUCUCUUCCGGAUAAAUUAAAAGCCGAAAUUGCCAUUCGAGUUCAUCUUGACACAUUACGCAAAGUAAGGAUUUUCCAAGAUUGUGAACCUGGACUACUAGAGGCUCUGGUAUUAAAACUUAGACUUCAAGUUUUUAGUCCCGGUGAUUAUAUUUGCCGCAAAGGGGACGUAGGCAAAGAAAUGUACAUUGUGAAACGCGGAAGAUUACAAGUCGUGGCUGAUGAUGGAAAAACCGUUUUAGCGACACUUAGUGCAGGUUCUGUUUUUGGGGAAGUCAGCGUUCUAGAAAUUGCUGGUAAUCGCACAGGAAAUCGACGCACAGCCAAUGUACGUGCUUUAGGAUACUCCGAUCUAUUUUGUUUGGCUAAAAGAGAUUUAUGGGAAGCUCUCGCAGAUUAUCCUGAUGCCAGAGCUACUUUAACUGAACGUGGAUGCCAGUUGUUGCGAAAGGAUGGCUUACUCGAUGAAACUGUGUUUCAAAAUGCUCAAACAACUCAACAAAGCCUAGAAGAGACUGUCCAUCAAUUGGAAACAACUGUAGAAAUGUUACAUAAUCGUUUACAAGGAUUGCUGUCUGAUUUCGGAGAACAACAAGCCAAAUUAAAACAAAGACUUAACAAGCUCGAAUUAAGAUUAAUAGAAUCAGAUGAGGACACUGAUGUUGAAGAAGAUACAACAUCACAAGAUGAAUCAGAAUUACGAAGCGACAUUAUUCGUUCAUGUGAUGGUGCCAGCUAUAGUGCAAUGCCAAGUCCCAUACAAAGUCCCUUAUGCUAUGCUCCAAGCUAUCCUAUUCGCGAACGAGGCCAUUCCUUAACCGUGGAAAGCACCCCAGGCUUAUUACCCAUUACAAAAGAACCGAGAAGCAAAUCACUAAGAUUAAAAAGAUUCCAGCAACAGCAAGAAGCUUUCAAAUGGAGUGCUAAUCAAAAUAAAUAA